AUGCGUGUGGCCACGCACCUCCAAGCCCUGGCCGUGCUAGGCUCAGCGGUGUCGGCCCAGUGGCAGUCCACAUGGGGUCAAUGUGAGAAAGCCCCGAGUCCGGCUGUUGGGGAACUUGAGCUGACCAAGACGUCUGUAGGUGGCGGCCAGACCUACACUGGCAUUACGCGAUGCCCGCCAGGCACCACCUGCUUCGUUGGAAACCCCUGGUACUCGCAAUGCCAGCCACCCGAGCAGCCGCAGCCUCAGCCGCAGCCGCAGCCGCAGCCGGGCGUGCCCGACACGCCCAUCAUCACCGAGAGGGUCACGACCAUCUUCACCGUCAUCCCGGACCCGGUGCUGGUGACGACCUUCUACAGCUUCCUGACGCCCAAGCCCACGACGACGGCCCGGCAGAGCUACACCGUCAUCGACGGCACCACCUGGAUCAUCCUCCCCGGCCGGCGCAGGCGGAGCCCCGCGACCGGGCAGCUGCUGGCGCGCGCCCCGGCGCCCACGGCCGCCGCGCGGCUCUCCCCGGCGGAGGAGGUGAGGCGCGACGUGGACCGCCCGCCCUUGUACGACGUGCCACUGGACCCGGGGUUUGCGCGGAGCGUCGAGGGUGCCAAGAAGCGCGACGUUGAUAGGCCGCCCGUGCCGGACGCUCCGCUUGCGCCUGGAUUUGUGCGAGCGGCGGCGGUGGCGGAGAAGCCAGAGGUGGAAAGACGGGACGUUGACAGACCGCUAGUGCCCGACUCCCCGCUCGCCGACGGAUUUGUCCGGACGGCGGCGGCGGCGGCGGCGCGGCUCAGGAUGGCGAGGCGCGACGUCGACCGCCCUCCCGUGCCCGAUGCGCCUCUCGCUCCCGGCUUUGUCCGGACCGAGGGGGUUAGCGGCGCGGCCAAGGACAGACGCGACGUCGAUCGCGCGCCCGUCAUUGAUGCACCCCUCGCGCCCGGCUUCGUCAGGGCUGCCGAGAUUGCCGAGAAGCGCGAUGUCGACCGCCCGCCCGUCUUCGACCCCCCGCUUGGGGCAGGGUUCGUCCGGACCGCUCCCGAGGCCGUCGAGAAGCGUGAUGUGGAUCGGCCGACCGUGUACGACUCGCCGCUUGCCGCCGGCUUCGUCCGUACCGCCGCUGUCCCGAAGGACCAGAGACGCGACGUCGACCGGCCCCCUGUCUACGACGCUCCCCUUGCGCAGGGCUUUGAGCGGGAGGUUGGCCUUGUGCGGAGUUGA